AUGGCAUAUGUCAAUGUUGAGCUGAGCCGGAGGGACAUCAACGUCCUUGAAAAGAUCAAGGACCCAGAGUCCAACCCAUAUCUUGCGCCUCACAUCGACCCAUCUCUCCCGAAGGACCCGCACUUUUCAGACGAGGAGUACCAGAAGCUUGCUCAGCAGGAACGUGACAUUAUUCUGUCUAUUCAGAACCUCGAGAUUCAACAUGCCAAGCAGCAAUCCGCCGACCUGACAGCAAUAACUGAGGGCUAUCGCACAUGCGUCUCACGCCUCAGCGACCUCAUCCAAGCUCAUCCACAAUACGCCAGCGCUCGCAACAACCGGGCUCAAGCGCUCAGACGGCUAUAUGGAGAUUCAGUCCUUAUUUCUGAUGCUCCCCGGAAUCCACAGACAUUGCUUCACGACGUCUCUGAUGUCGAAAGGAUCGAAGCAGCCAACACUAUUCUGGGCGACCUCUGCGAGGCCAUUUCUCUCGUUUCUCCAAAAGUUCCGUAUGGCAGUCGGGUGUCCCCCCAGGUCGCAAGGACACUUUCAAACGCUCACACUCAGCGCGCUGCGAUCUAUCUUAUGACGUCGAAGCUUCUAGGGUCCGAAAAGUCGCUAUCGAUGGAUCCUGCAAGACCCGAGUCGCGCUGGACGAAGCUGGAUUUCGAAACCUUUGCAUCGCAGGACUUCGCCAUGGGCGGGAGGUACGGCAAUGAAAUUGCCAAAGGGCUUGCAGUAAGCACAAACCCGACCGCCAAGUUGUGCGGCCAGAUGGUUCGCGAGGCGAUGAAGAAGGAGUAUGGACCAGAUUUUGCGGCAUAA